AGUAAAAAAUAAAUCAAAAUGCCAAAAAAAGGGAAAGUGAACAAGCUCGCGCGCAUGUCCGACGAAGAGCGGGCUCGAUAUCUACAACAUCGCGCCGAUAUAGAAGAGGAGGCGCGCCGGCGCAAGCGUGAUCUUAUCGCACUCUUCAUCAAGAACAAACUCGACAAGGAGCAAGCGUACAGUCGUACUAACACCGCGAAAUUGAAUCAGGCAUGGCGGUACAUUCUACGUCGCGUAAAAUGCAAACAAAUGGCUCUAGAGAUACAGGGCGUCAUGAGCAGUUUCAACUUCAUGGUGGAGCGCAAGGAUCGGCAGUUGGCAUCGCUAUCGAGGGCAAUUGAAGACUCCGACGAGCAGCAUCGCCGAGCUUUCCAGGCCCACACCGAGACCCUCAGCCACUUCCUAAACAUAGGCUCGCAACGCCUCGACAAGCUGCACACAGAAUAUGAGCACCAGAAGAAUAGUCUUCUGGACAGUUGGGACAAAGAGGAAGGCGACAAAAUUGACAGCCAAGAGCAGGCGGAGACCAAACUGAUACUUAUUACGUACAUCCAGGACAGGGACUUCCAGGCCGAUAAGAAGGAAAAGGAACUGAAACGAGCGACUGCUAAAAAUGAUGCACGAUUAGAGCACGAAGAAGAGAUGAGAAGCCUGUGCCGACCAAAGAAGCUGCAAAUAGAGAUGUACUGGAACCAGCUCCGAGACGUGUACAAUUCUUUCCUGGAGAGGUUCAACCCCAUCAUGAGCCACUACAAUAGCCUGAGGGAGAAGGACGACUUCUACCAGCAGGAUAUCGCUAGGAAUGAGAUACAAAUACAACAAGCGUCGGAAUUGAUCUUAACUUUGCAAAAGGAAUGGAUGAAAUCUACAAACACCAUGGCCGCGAAGCUAAAAAAAAUGUUGGCGCACAAAGAGGACUUAGCUAGAAAGUACUGGCAGAUGAAGAGAGACGCAAAGAUAGAACGGAGCAGGACGGAGGAAUACCUGGCAACGAUGGUGGAUGCCAGUCAAGACGCCACAAAACGCCUCGAAGAUGUAAAGGAGAAGUUGGAUAAAAUAAUGCAAAUGGCAGAGAUAUGCCGCAAGUACGAGGUAGAGGGAGACAACGAUGUGAUGCAGAGUGAGGGAGACGGGGAGAUACUGGAGUUUGAGAACCUGGACAGCGCUAUGAUCAAUGAAUAUAAAGAAUACAGCAAGAUGGAUAAGCUGAUACUAAAAAUGAACAAAGUGAAAGUACAGGCCAUUUGCCUUCGAGCCGAGAAAAACAAACUGGCGGCCGAGAACGUCCAGCUCAAGCAUUACUUAAAGAGGUUCCUGACAGAGCUGGCCCUUAAGGGAACGAAGGCUAGGCCGCUCAGUGUAUCGCUGCCGAGGACGCAGAAGACAGAUGCUGGGAAAGCCUUGAACCGUCCAGUGACAUGCAUAGAAGGAGCCCUUUCGAAUGCAGUCCUACAUGAGAAACGGAUGAAGUUGGAGGCCCGGAAACAGAAGGAGUGUGCCAUGCGGUCCUAUCCCCGUGUCCAGUGCUGGAUAGACAAUGCUUAUUAACAAACCCUGUUAUCAAUUUUGCAGUUUGUUGCCCCAGGCACUGUAGCCGCCCCUUCUCAUCUCACCACCCAUCAUAUUGACUGCUGCAAAUGAGAUCUGACGGCUGGGCAAAUCUGCUACUAUAUGUCGAUACCUAUAUAAUACGGUGAUCUGUUGUAUACACUGUGUAACAUAAGGAAACCAAAUAAUUUUAACAGCAUAUUCCUGAUCAUAUUUAGAGGCAUAAUAUGAUCAGGAAUUUUUUCCUUCUUUUGACCUCAGAAAGGCGUGGUAAAAUUAUUCAGUUUCCUCAUGUUACACCAUGUAUUAUCAGGAAAUCUGGUGGGAACCAAGAACAAUUAAUGCUACUAGUUCUAAGAAAAAUGCCAAACCUAAUCUUACAGGAUCUAUCUUUCUUUUGAUGGAAAAAGACACUAAUUAUCAUUCAUCGGCAAUUUGGUUGCCACGCAACAGGAUCUAGUAUAAACCGCUUGUAUUAAUA